AUGUCCUGCUUCAGCGGCGACUCGAACUUCUGCCCAGAGUGCGGCACAGUGCUGCCUAUGCCACGGGCGCUGGACACCGUCACCUGCCCGCUCUGCUCCUUCCGCAUCUCCAUCAGACUUUUCGCUGGUCAGGAGAUCAAAUCCACAGUCGUCUUCAACCCAAUAGAACAGUCGUUGAUGCUGGAGGACGAGGAGGACUCUGAGCUUAAGGGACCUGUGACGGACCGGCGUUGUUCCCGCUGUAACAAGGAGGGGAUGGUUUACCACACGAGGCAGAUGAGGUCUGCGGACGAAGGACAGACUGUGUUCUUCACUUGUAUACACUGCAGAUAUCAAGAAAAGGAGGAUUCCUGAGAAGUUCCGAUGGUUCUUCUGCGCUCCAGAUAUAGAAUGCUUUGUUGGAUGAACUGCACUGGGCCAUGUUCCCAUUUAAUGAGGCAUGUCCAGGCGUAUGAUGGCAUCCAUCAAUGUCAUGCAUAGUUAAUGUUGUAUAAUGGCAGCUACUCAGUGUCACUGACUGAGUAGCAUGUUAAUAUAGUUUUGUAUUUGUUUGGAUUACAUUAAUCAUAUCGUUUUACAUGAACACAAGCUAAACUCUCAAAUUGUAAGCAUCAAGAUAUUAAUAAAUGAUUUUGUGUAUGGAGGCUCCACUUUUACUGUUUGUUCAAUAUUUAUAAAAGCAUCAAUCAUCACUGAAAGAAAUCACUGACGUUUUAAAAAAUGAAAUCAUUAGUUUUCAAGCAAAUUGAGCAUUGUGAAAAUAUAGGUUUUUCGAAGCAAUGUUUUAUGGUAAAUAUUGAUUAAAGCAUUACAAACUCGA